AUGGACAUUCCCAGCGCUUUCACGACCUCCUUGACGUCCCUGCCCAUUCGUUCCAUGACGCCAGAUAUGCUUGUAGCGUCGCAGCCGUCGACUCCUGGGCCAUCGCCUCUCGAUUCGGGCUACGUGUCACAGUCGAGAACUCCUAACAAGCUGUCUACACCCAGUGAAACUUUCGACUUUGGCGGUUCCUACACUCUUGAUAGAACCACCGGAGAUCUGCUGGAGAAACUAGUCAGAGACGAAUCUGACGAGUGUCCCCGCUCGGCGUUUCUCGCACCGCACCAAGCCCUUCUCAGCCAAGCCAGCAUCAGCCUCAAGGCCAGCGCAAGCAGCGCAAGGCCGUGCAACGUCAGAGCCAACAGUACCAAGGCAAGCAGUGUCCGUCAGCUGCAUAUAGCACGCGGCAGUCUUCCUUCUACGUUCUAUUCGAAGACCAUUCCCAGAACGACACCUCGCCCCAGUUCUGAAUCUCGAUCAUCGUACCUGGCAUCCGGCCCGUCUGCAAGCUCCGUCCGCGCUCCCGACCGUUUUGUCCACCCUCGCGACUCAGAAUGUGCUGCUUUUCCCAUUAGCGAGAAGUUUCGGAUGACCAAGGCCUCAACUGACCUCAACCCUGUCGAAAAGAUCCUUCGCCGUGGUAUGAUCUCGGCGGAUGCCUUCUACGCCACGCAGACCCAUCCAAAUCCUAUCCCGACAUUUGCAGAUGAACGCCAAAACUUCCUCCAUGUGGCCGGCCAGCCAACCCAAACAAGAGCUGGGACCACUCUAGAUACCGGGAACAUGGGUGACGACCCCGGCAUGGAGUUCCGGCGGCGUCUCACCCGUGGCUCAGUCUGGUCUAUUAGUACCAUACCACCUACAACCGGUGCCAUCGACAACGGCAAUGGCACCCUGACACAAAGCGGCACCAGCUCUGUACCGUUUAUCACGUCAACAUUCACAGAGGAGGGGCCCCGCUAUAGCGCCUCUUACUGCGACAAACACCCCAGUCGCCUCGCUGCCGCUUUGGAUUUUGACCGUGCGUCACGACUUAUGCAGUGCAAUGUCGAUAAGGGCGUCUUCAAACUGCAGUCCCACGACAACCUCAUCGUUCCGACCACAAAGCGGAAGCUGCUUCCCAAGUCUCAGAAAACGUCAUGGAACGGUACUAUCUGGGUCAAUGAUGGCCUCGAGAAGAAACCUGCCAAGAUCCCUGAGAAAACAGCCUGGGACAGGAGUCCAAUACGCAUCUUAUCUGCGCCCAAGUUCCGAGACGACUUUUACUGCUCCCUGCUCGCAUACUCGCCAACCACUGACACUGUUGCUGUUGGACUUGCCGAUUUACUCUACACAUGGUCUGAAGUCGGCGGUGCUGCUCAUUUGAAUGGCAGUGACAGCACGCGCGUGUGGCUUACCUCCUUGGCUUUCUCGUCGGUGGAGGGAGGCAAAUGCAUCCUUGCGUUUGGCCGCUCCAACGGCACGUUCGGGCUCAUGGCCAUAUCGGAGGCCAACAACACGCGCAUGGUAGUACAAGAGACAUCCGCAAUCUCCUGCUUGAGCUGGCGGCCAACCUGCACCAUGCGGCCGUCUCAGAAUCCCAACAAGGAAAAUGUUCUCGUCAGCACAGAGGAUCUGCUAGUCGGCACAGAUGCUGGCAUCGUCCUUUACUACGUCAUUGAGUGGCCGGAUACGUCUGAAAUCGACGAGGACAAUUGGCAAGGCGAUAUCACACUUGUCUCUCGCAUCAAUGUUCAUGACCAGCAAGUGUGCGGCCUUGCCUGGGCCCCCAACGGAGAAUCCUUCGCGACAGGAGGCAACGACAACAACUGCUGCUUCUUCUAUGUCAACAAUGUCCUGCCCCCAUCCUAUCACAAAGGCGGACAUGAAGGAGUGUCCAAUAACCUCCCCUUCAAAUCGCACUACUCGGGCAUUGCCGACAGUCGUCUCACUGUCCAGCUUUCAAAUGGUAGCGAAGUUCGAAAGCGGGCCAAUAACAAGGAAUAUGAGCACCGCGGCCCUGGUCGUACAGAAAGUUGGCGCUGGGAGCAUGGUGCGGCUGUCAAGGCGAUCGCCUUUUGUCCUUGGCAGGAGGGACUUGUGGCCACCGGCGGAGGUUCCAACGAUCGCUGCGUCCACUUCUUCCAUACGACGUCCGGCACCCCCCUUGCCACCAUUUUUGUUUCGUCGCAGGUGACCAGUCUCAUCUGGAGCACCACACGGCGAGAAAUCGCAGUCACGUUCGGCUUCGCCCAUCCCGGUCACGACAUCCGCAUCGCCGUCUACUCCUGGCCCGAGUGCAAACAGGUGGCUGCUAUUACAUGGGAGGGUAAGCAUCGCGCCCUGUACGGCAUCUCGUGUUCACAAGGCCGCCGCUGGGGCUCACAGCAGUCAAUCAUUAAGAAUAAGAAAAUGAAAGAAGGCUGCAUUGCCGUUGCGUCCAGCGAUGGAAGCAUCAAGUUUUACGAGCUGUGGCCCGACGAUGGCAAACCCAUCAUUGGCGGCGUUGGCAUGCUCGGCGGCAGCGAUAUCUUAGAGGAUUUGGAAGGCAUUCAGAAAGAAGGUGACAUCAUUCGCUGA